CCUGCCCUCCUCAUUUCCAAUGCAGCAGCGACCAUGACAGGCAUCGCCGCUGCUUCUUUCUUCUCCAACGCUUGCAGGUUCGGGGGCUGCGGACUUCACUUCGACUCUCUGGCCGAGCUAAUCGUGCACAUCGAGGAUAACCACAUCGACACAGACCCCCGUCUCCUGGAGAAGCAGGAGCAGCAGCAGCCGACAUAUGUUGCCCUCAGCUACAUCAACAGGUUCAUGACAGAUGCUGCAAGGCGAGAACACGAUGCCGUAAAGAAGAAGGUGCAGCCCAAGUUGUCUCUGUCUCUGACAGGCAAUCUGUCUCGCAGCAGUGUUUCCACUCCGCCUCGCCACACCAGUGGAAACCUCACCCCUCCAGUUACCCCACCCAUCACCCCUUCCUCUUCCUUCCGCAGCAGUACGCCCACAGGUAGCGAGUGUGAUGAGGAGGAGGUGGACUUUGAGGAGUCUGACAGUGAUGAGUCAUGGACCACAGAGAGCGCCAUCAGCUCUGAGUCCAUCCUCAGCUCUAUGUGCAUGAACGGAGGAGACGAGAAGCCUUUUGCUUGCCCCGUGCCAGGCUGUAAAAAGAGAUACAAGAAUGUGAAUGGGAUCAAGUAUCAUGCCAAGAACGGCCAUCGAACCCAGAUAAGGGUGCGCAAACCCUUCAAGUGCCGGUGUGGGAAGAGCUACAAAACGUCUCAGGGUCUCCGCCACCACACCAUCAACUUCCACCCACCCAUCUCUACUGACAUCAUCCGCAAGAUGCAGCACUAGACACUGAGGGAGCAACCAGCACUCUCCUUCAAGUCACUUCCCAAUCCAUCUGAACGCCACCAUCACCAGCAACGGCUGUUUCUCAUUCCGACCUGUUCCUCUCAUCCUUAAACCCCUGUACCCCACUCUCUUUUAUCCCACUUUGUUAUGACACUAUUUUUGAUUGCAUGGUAUAAAUGUAUUAAUAUUCGUUCUUAAUUUUUAUUAAGAAUGUUAAAUCUUUAUGUAGUUCACAGUUUUGUACUUUGCACAUUUAAGCUAUCAUUUAUCUAUUUUUGACUUUUAUGUUGUUUUUUUGACAAAUGGUGCUCCUUGAUGAUGAGGGCUUGUCGUAAACUAGAGGAUGGCCACACCAAGUCACGAGUAGCCUUGCAUGGGCAGUAGGGCAUCCUGCUUUAAAGGCAGUGUGAAGGUGGGAAAACUGAGGACAGAUUUAGAUGGGGUUUUUUUAGAGAAAGGAGGAACCAUUACCAUGCCUGCCUUUCAUUUGGCCUAAAAAUAUGACAGAGGCAAAUGAGAAAAAAAAUCUGAAUGUGUGUGGUAUAACACGAGAAAGCUGAAAACUUUUGUACGUUUCAUUCUCUGUCAGAUUUAAUGCCAAUCAGUUAUUGGACUUAGUUACUUUUACUUUCAUAUCACAAGUAUUCCAAACUUUUUUUUCUUCACCUGUUUUACUGCAAACACUUGUGUGUGAGCACCAAAUGAUGAUCUCAGGUGACAUCUGCAAGCAUUUCAGCACCGCAAUCCUGCCCAAGUGUUCCAAUAGUAUUUAUGCUGUUCAGAGGGAUCAUGAGAACUCGAUCUGUCAUUGUUCCUAAUGUUCCUGGUCACUUUCUCCAAGACUUAAGCAGUUGUCCUUGCUAUUUUAGCUAAGGAUUGAAGCACUUUUUUGUAACAAGUUGCCAACAAAUUAGUUUUUUUUUUUUUGCCAACAUCUCGUUUCUGGUAUAUGCACAGUUGCUACCAAAACGAGGCAAAAGGCCUUCAGAGCAGAAGUUUGCAUGCUCCCAGGGAAGAUGUACAGCAAACAUCCGGUGUUUCCAGUAUUGUGAGAUUUCUGUAUGUACAGUAGUUGCCUUGAAUUGUAAACCAUUCCAAUCAGUGCAGAUCUUUGUAUGGCUUCAUUUUGACAGUUCAGAUUAAUUUCUUUGAAUGCAGACAUUACACAGACAGCUCAGUCCAGACUGUUUGCUGUUCACCAACUCCCAGGUCUUUUGAAACCAUGUGAUUGUCCUCGUCAUGAAUAGAAGAAAGAGGGUCCAACAUGUAUUCAGCAGAUUUAUUUUUUCUCACAGUCCUGCUGUUAGGCUGUGAGAGAAACACAUACGCCUCCUACUUUGUGCCAUAAUAACAUAGUGUCAGUUGAGGUCACGUACAACACCAUUUAAUCUCUGAAAUAAUGAACCCCAGAUCUUAAAAUACCACAAAACUAGGGAUUAAUCGGUGCACCUGGGUAGCCAAAAGGUUACAGCGCAUGCCGUGUGGAUGCAUGGUCGAAGCUGGUUUUGUGGUAUGUCAUACCUCUCUCUCUUUGUGGUAUGUCAUACCCCUCUUUCUCCCCAUUUUCUGUCUACCUCUUCCCGUCAUAAAGGCAAAAAAAUACCACAAAAAAGUUUGGAGAUUUAUCAACAUUGAGCCAUUAGGUAUCUUCACUGCAUGGAUGUUAGAGUUUAGGAACUACAGUCCAAUUGAGAAUUGUGACAGUAUUGUACUGCCAGUAUGGAGGAAAGUCUUUCAUAUAGUGUACAGUGAAUGUAUUGUUAUGUGUUAAGUGCAUUAAAUUAUAUUUUCAUAUGUUCCUGGAGUUAAACAAAAUAUAGUAUAAUGUGUAUGAAAAGGCAAAAUCAGAGGUUGUUUGGAGAAACUAAUAGUGAUGUACUGUAUUUCUUCAAAAGCUGCUUCAUGUACACUUUUGUUACAUUUAGAAUAAAAACUUCCUCUGAUGUGUGC